GCGCACACUCACACACAGACACACAGACACACAGACACACACCCCCCAAGCUGGUGGCUUGCAGAUUGCGUCUGUCUGGAGAGUCUGCCAGCUGAGGGAUAAUAGUGCUCGGGAAGAGUGAUUAUGCAGCAGUUCCUGAAGGAUAGGCGUUUGUGGUAUUGCGGUGCCCAAGCUGGUUUCGCAGCCCGUUGUCUCUAACGCCAGGUACGACCAGCAGCAAAGGGCUCCUCCAGGAAACACUAAGGGAGAGAGGCCUCAAAAAAGAGAAGAAUGGCAGAUGACCGGAAAGAUGAAGCAAAGACACCACACUGGACUGCCAGUCCCCUAACGGAGGCCUCGGCCCACCCCCAUUCUCCUGAGAUGAAGGAGCCAGGAGGAGCAGGGGAUGGUCUAGUCAGAAGUGCCAAUGGAUUUCCAUAUCAGGAGGAGGAAGAGAGUCAAUAUGGACAACGUGAGCAACAGACUACCUACCCACGGGCCAAGGAGAAUGGAAUCAAUGGUGAGCUGUCUUCAACUGAGAGAGAGACGGCAGAGGAGGUGUCUGCCAGGAUAGUUCAAGUUGUCACCGCAGAAGCAGUAGCAGUGGUGAAGGGAGAACAAGAAGCCCAGCAUAAGGAGCAGCCUGGAGCCCUGCCCUUAGCAGUCCAAGAGUCAGCUAAUCUGCCUCCUUCCCCGCCUCCAUCGCCAGCCUCUGAACAGACAGGAACCAUGGAGGAAGAAGAAGAAGCAAUGCAGGGACCAGUGAUCGAGGAAGAAAAAUCCACCGGUCUUCCCGUAAAAGAACCGGGGAGCGCACUUGGGCCUGUGGCUCCCUACGAGCACCCCGAGGGCCCCAGGGAGGGCCCCGUGGAUGCUAGCUUGAAGGCCAAAAUGGCUCCUGAAGAGAGAGACCCGACGGGGGCACCGCACGGGGAGAGUAUCAAAGAGGAGGCCAAGGACGUGUCCCUGGAGCUCAAAGUCCCUCCCUCUGACAGGGAAGGUUUACUUACAGCCCCGAAGAUGGAAUCCCAUGACCAAGAGCACCCCACUCCUCUCCCUACCAAGCCCGGAUACGAGAAGGAAUGGGAGUCAGAGAAGGAAAGUCAGGUCAGCGGUCAGCCUAAGCCCGAUACACAGGUUGUCCAGCCAGCAGAGCCGGAAACUGGGGCUCGCCGGGAGGAGACCCGAGGGGAGGAAAAAGAAACAGCCCCAGUGAUAGGGCUGGGGCAGACUUGGGGGGCGCACCCAGAACAGGACCCAAGCAGUAUUGUCCCCACCGGGGGUUUUCCUGUCGAGCCUUUGGUUCGGAAAGAACAAGACUGGCCCAUGGGCAUCCCCACGGAGAGCAAACCAGACCAAUGGAGUACUGUCACUCUGCAGUCUCCCGGUCCUUUAACAACCAUGAAAGAAAAAGAUGACUUUACAGCUCUAACCAAGUGGGAUGAGAAGGUUCUGGCCACUCCACAGCAAAGCGGAGGUUUUCCUCUCUCUCCUGGACCUAAAACUGAUGAGGCCAGAGCGACCAGGAGGGAGUUCCUCCCAGAGACCCCAUUUGCUGAGUCAGAGAUUCAUCAGCCAGAAGGCAGGAAGUCUAAGCCCGAACAAACUCACCCCUUAGUUGCCAAGGAGGCCCUCAGAGAGGAGCCGUUCUACAAGUACAAGUCCGACAAAAUGGGGGACAUGCCAAUGUCUACAGUCAUCACACAGUCCAUGGAAGUCCACAAGCUGACUAUCCGGGAAAGCCACGGUCAGAGGGGCUGCGGAGUCGGAGAGGACAAAGAUAUCCCAAGGUGGGAGAAUGAUCUGAGAAAAGAGCACUUUCUUCCAAACGGACAGAAAUUUGCCUUAUUUGAAAGUGAGCCCUAUCGGAAACCCGAAGAGAAGUCCUCCGUCCUCGUGUCCUUGCCACAGGACAGCAAGCUCCUGAAGGGCCUGGACGAAGAGAAGAGUACCACCCGGUCCUUGGGAGGGCAGACCAUCAAGAAAGAAGAGCCACCCAGUAAAGGGGCCCAGGUGGACCAGUUCAGACGCGACUCGUUUCCUGGAGCCCAGGGCCGAGACCUUAUGUUGGCAGCAGCCCUCUCAGAAACCCUGGACAAGAUGCCAGUGGCUCCCAGCCCCAGGAGUGAUCCAGCCCGGAGCCUCUCGCAAGAGAGAGAGAUUGGCAAAGACAUCAGGGCCGACAAGGCUGGGGCACCACCGCCCACCGAGGAGCGGCCUCUGGAUGAAGAUAAGUCCGGCAUGUCCAAAUACUUUGAAACCUCCACCUUGAAAGAAGAAGCCACAAAGAGCCUCCAGCAAGACAGCGAUUACUAUGAGCUGAGUGAUUCCAAAGAAAGUGCCUACGAGUCUUACGACACAGUUGCCCCCAUGUUUAAAGAUGGGGACCAGGAGUCCAGUGCCCCAGCCUGUGAAGUAGGGUACAGCACCCUGGCUCAGGGGUACCCCUCAGACAUAGCUGAAGAGCCCAGCUCUCCCCAAGAGAGGAUGUUCACUAUUGAUCCAAAGGUGUACGGAGAAAAAAGAGACCUCCACAGUAAAAAUAAAGAUGAUUUGACUUUGAGCAGGAGUUUAGGACUUGGGGGCAGAUCUGCAAUAGAGCAGAGAAGUAUGUCCAUCAAUCUCCCCAUGUCCUGUCUGGACUCCAUAGCCCUGGGCUUCAACUUUGGGCGGGGACAUGACCUCUCUCCUUUGGCUUCUGAUAUCCUAACCAACACUAGUGGAAGCAUGGAUGAAGGGGAUGAUUAUCUUCCAGCCACCACCCCGGGACUAGAAAAAGCCCCUGGGUUUCCCACAGAGGGCAGAGAGGAGAAGGAGGAAGAGGGUGAGGAGGAGGAGGAGGAGGAGGAAGAAGAGGAGGUGGAGGAAGCAGAGCAGGCGGAGGGCCAGAAGAAAGCAGGAAAAGCAGUGGAAGUGGAAAGUAGCCAGGUGGAAUCGCCCUCUGAGUCACCCUUCCUGGCCAAGGAGUAUUACAAGAAUGGGGCCGUGAUGGCCCCCGACCUGCCUGAAAUGUUGGAUCUAGCAGGCACGCGGUCAAGGCUGGCCUCUGUGAGUGCAGACACUGAGAGUGCAAGAAGGAAGUCAGUCCCAGCGGAUGUAGGGGGGCACGACAGCGGCGCCGGAGUGCUUUCUCCCAUUGGCAACAAAAACCACGUCGCCGUAAAAGACGACAGUCAGAUGGAAGAUCUGGGCUACUGCGUUUUCAACAAAUACACGGUCCCCUUGCCAUCUCCUGUCCAGGAUAGUGAGAAUCUGCAAGGAGAUAGUGGCCUCUUUUAUGAGGGUGCUGAUGACAAGCUCCGAAGGGACCUGGCCACAGAUCUGUCUCUUAUUGAAGUGAAAUUGGCAGCCACUGGAAGGGUCAAACAAGAUGUGGGUGGGGAGAAAGAGCCCAGUCCUCCUGUCUCCGGGGACAAAGCAGGGCUGAGCAGGGAGUUAGACCAGGACAGGAAGGCGACUGACAAGUUGGACACGGUGCUAGAAAAAGGCGAAGAGCCCAUGGAUUCUAAAGAAACACUUUUGCCAGAGGAGCACGGAAAACUGGGCCCUGGAGAAGUAGUCACUAAAGUUGAAAUGGUUAGUUCAGAGCCGGCGGUGGACCUAGCUUCAAUUCAGGUCAUGACUCAAUCACAAGAUACUUCUCCUUUUAUGACCGAGAAAGUGGAACCCCUUCUUGGUUCAGUCCCGGAGGUAGCCGAGACCGAGCCCCUUCCCAAAGCAGAGCCCAGGACGGAUCCCUCUGCCAAAGCUGAUCCAAGCCAGCCCGUCGUCCAAGUCAGUGACUUUGGCUCAACUGCAGCAGAACAGGAUGGGGCCUCCCAGGGCCCAGCAGCUCAGCAGGAAGGAGCUGGCCUGGCCCGAGGAGGCCAGGAUGUUGAGCUGCUGGUGGGGGCCGAGGCCGGGGAUGGGAAGGAAGGCACCAGAGGCUCGGAGGCUGAGAUCAAGGAAAAAGUGGCGAAGCCUGACUUGGUGCACCAAGAGGCCGUGGAUAAAGAGGAAUCUUACGAGUCGAGCGGGGAGCAUGAUGUCACUCCAGAAGGUGGGGCCGGAGAGCCCUCAAAACCCGAUGAGGGCAAGAAAGAGCCGGCAAAGGAGCCACCCACCCUGCCAGAUGAAGUGACGGUCAGAGCGUUGGAGGCCGAGCUGCCUCCCUCCAGCGUGGAUGCAGUCUUGGUGGAGGGGGCUGAUAUCCAAAUGGAGCCUAUCCAACAGCCAAAACGGGACAGUCAGGAAGCUCCAGGCAUUUCAAUCACACCCUCUGAAGCCCUUGAACCCACGUUGCUCAAGCCAGGGUCUGAGGCCUCCGCAGACGAAAACAAGGAGGGACAAGAGGAGGUUGAAGCCCGGGGAGAAUCUGACAGGCUGCUCUUCCGCUCAGAAACUCUUCAGCUAGCGGACCUGAGCAUCCCCACGGACCGAGAGGAGUCGGAGAAGAGGGGCGUCGAGGACGUGCCCGAACAUAAGGGUGGGAUCGAGUCAGUGGUGACCAUCGAAGACGACUUCAUCACGGUGGUCCAGACCACGACAGAUGAUGGGGAGUCCGGAUCCCACAGUGUGCGCUUUGCUGCCCUCGACCAGGCUGAGGUGGAGAGCAGGCCCUCCCCUCCUGGAGGAGAAGAAGAAGAGGAAGAAGAAGAGGAAGAAGAAGAAGAAGGAGGUGGAGGAGGUGGAGGAGAAGAAGAAGAAGAAGAAGCAUCUGAACCAGAGGCAGAAGAGCUGAUGGAUGACCGCCCUGAACCCAAGGAAGGAUCCCCAGAGGCCCCCGCCUCCCCCGAUAAGGAAGAGGAGGUGGGACUCUCCGAAUACAAAACAGAGACACUUGACGAUUACAGAGAUGAAACCACCAUUGAUGACUCCAUCAUGGAUGCUGACAGCCUCUGGGUGGAUACUCAAGAUGAUGAUAGGAGCAUCAUGACUGAACAGUUAGAAACUGUUCCUAAAGAGGAGAAGUCAGAGAAGGAAGCUCGCAGACCAUCUCUCGAUAAACAUAGGAAAGAAAAGCCCUUUAAAGCUGGGAGAGGCAGAAUUUCCACUCCUGAAAGGAAAAUAGCUAAAAAGGAGCCUAGCACAGUCUCCAGAGAUGAAGUGAGAAAGAAAAAAGCAGUGUAUAAGAAGGCUGAACUUGCUAAAAAAACAGAAGUUCAAGCCCAUUCUCCCUCCAGGAAAUUCAUUUUAAAACCUGCUAUCAAAUAUACUAGACCAACUCAUCUCUCCUGUGUUAAGCGGAAGCAGACAGGUGCUGAAUCAGCCCAGGUGCCCAGUGUAUUUAAACAAGCCAAGGAAAAAGUAGCAGACGGUGCAGCCAAGAGUCCAGAAAAGCGCUCUUCUCUACCAAGACCCUCCUCGAUCCUCCCUCCCCGAAGAGGCGUGUCAGGAGACAGAGACGAGAAUUCCUUCUCCCUCAACAGCUCCAUCUCCUCAUCAGUACGGCGAGCCACCAGAUCUGAACCCAUUCGAAGGGCAGGAAAAAGUGGAACUUCAACCCCCACGACUCCUGGGUCCACCGCCAUCACCCCUGGCACCCCACCUAGCUACUCCUCUCGCACCCCAGGAACACCCGGGACACCCAGCUACGCCAGGACCCCUCACACACCGGGCACCCCCAAGUCUGCCAUCUUGGUACCCAGUGAGAAAAAAGUGGCCAUCAUCCGCACCCCACCAAAGUCUCCUGCCACCCCUAAACAACUCCGGCUCAUUAACCAGCCCCUGCCAGACCUGAAGAACGUCAGGUCCAAAAUUGGGUCAACAGAGAACAUCAGAUACCAGCCUAAAGGAGGCCAGGUUAGGAUUUUAAGCAAGAAGAUGGAUUUUAGCAAAGUUCAGUCCAGAUGUGGCUCCAAGGAUAACAUCCAGCAUUCUGCUGGGGGAGGCAACAUACAGAUCGUUACCAAGAAGAUAGAUGUGAGUCAUGUGACAUCCAAAUGUGGGUCUCUGAAGAACAUCCGCCAUCGACCAGGUGGGGGACGGGUGAAAAUCGAGAGUGUGAAGUUGGAUUUCAAAGAAAAGGCCCAGGCUAAAGUCGGCUCCCUUGACAACGCUCACCACAUGCCUGGAGGUGGUAAUGUUAAGAUUGACAGCCAAAAGCUGAAUUUCAGAGAGCACGCUAAGGCCCGUGUAGACCACGGCGCUGAGAUCAUCACCCAGUCCCCGGGAAGAUCCAACCUGGCGUCCCCGCGGCGACUCAGCAAUGUCUCCUCCUCGGGAAGCAUCAACCUCCUGGAAUCCCCCCAGCUGGCAACGUUGGCGGAAGAUGUCACUGCUGCCCUGGCGAAGCAGGGCUUGUGAAUCUUUUCCUCUUCUAAUAUUGAAAGAAGUCCCAAAAGUUAGGCAUGGCAGGCUCUCGGGCGAGAGCAGGCUCGGAGCAGGUGUGCAUUCUUCCCCCAACCAAGUUGAAAAUAAAUCCCAUCCCAAGACUGGAGUAAUCAUUGCAAUUCCCUCCCUGCCCCCAACCCCAAACCCCACAGAUUUCAGUAUUUGCAGAAAUAGACCUGAUGUGUCCAUUUGCGGGAAGACACUGGCUUUAUAUGGGUACAACUGCAGUAUAUUAUUGGACAAUUAAUGUUGUUCUGCUCUGUCUUGCAUGGAGGUACUAUGAUAAAAAUGCAUUUUUACCUGUCAUGUGCCUGAAGGCCACCCACUACUUUCUGAAGAGCCUUGUUAGAAUAUCCUAGCUGCUCGUUUUUGCUGUCAUGUUUACGGGUGAAGACAGUCACCCUUCGUAAUUUAUUACAGGUUAAAUUAAACUGAAGAGUGCAGGGUGGGAAGGGCAUAGACAACAAACAAGUUCUAAAAAAAAAGAAAAGGUGUUAUUUUGUAUAAAUGGGAAGGAAAAAAGAUGCAAUUAAGUUAUUAAACAUUUGAGGCCUAGGGUGAUUCCCUAAGUGUGUAAUGGAUUCCAUUAAGUUAUUUAACUAAUGAAAGAAAGUCAUAGUUGAGAAGCAUGGGAACUGUGUGCUGGAGGAAGAGGUAGAACAGAGCAGGAAUUAGCACUAUAACAUGUCCCCAGCAAUGGGCUGGAUUCUGAAUCGAGAGUCUGUUGAUCGGCUAGAGUUCUGCCCUCAUUACCAGUUUCCAGUCUUUCCAUCUGUUCAAUACAGUAUUAUAGAUAUAUCUAUUUCUCUGUGGCCAUUUGUGAUACUCCCUCCUAGACUUGAAUAUUCUACUUCCUUAUUCACAAUAUCUGUCUCUCCCACACCCUUCGGUGUUGCAAUUUUAGGUAUGUGAAAGUAGUUGUUAACAGGGUUUCUUCCUGUUCGAAAGUACAUUUACAAAAAGACAAAAAGUGUUUAGCAUGAAGUUGCUUUCCGUAACAACUAAAGCUGUCACCCUGUUUUAGUGCCAGACACGAGUCUCUUCUGUGAUGCUAGGGGAAAAAAAAACAAAAGAACAAGAAAAAAAACUCCAUUCCUUUUCUUUUCUCUUCACCAACAUGGAGUUGGGGGAGCGAAGACCAGAAUUAUGUACAAGGCCUGCCAAACGUUGGCUUGGGAGGCUGGAGUUGUUUUUUUUCAAAGAUAAGUUAGUCGUGUCUUACUCCUGUAAUAGUGAGAGAGACGCGGAUUUUUUCCAUUUGCUAAAGUUGAAGCCGAGAGAGAUUGCGGGUAGUGGUUCUACUCUCUCCCGCAUUGCCCCAGCUUUACAUUCCAUAGACCAUCCCAAAAUGACCCAAACUAUAAAUCAGUCAUCUGGCCAGACCCACACCCACACACAUACAAAAUCAAGACUAGCCUUUUGAUAAAUCUCCAGGAAAAUGAGCAUGGAUAAGGGGUGAGGUGGAGGCUGUCCAUGUCCUGGAGAUUCUUUUGAAGACUCCCGCAUCACACUCCGUAAACAACAACAAACCAUCACUCACUUCACCAUAGUUAUUAUGAUUUCUCUGUGAGUAAUUCCAUUCUGACAUUUACGCAGUCGGCUCAUCUCAAAAUCCUGAAAUGACAGAUUGCGCUCCCAGAGUGUUUGUUUUAAACUUGUUAUUGACUUCCACCUAGGCAGGUUCCGAGCCACCCCUGAAUGGUGUGGUGAGUGGACCAUGUGGGAUUUUAUGUUUCUCAUUGCUCAGUCGAUUCAGUGUGGGCAAGUUGGAUCUGAAGAGACAAUCGAAGAGGCCCAUGUGGGUUGUCCCUUCAGAACGCAAGCCCCCAGCUUGAACCCACAAGAUGAGCACAGUUGUGAGCAACACUGAAGUGGAGUAGCAUCCAGUCCCAAGACUAAGGAGCCAAGUGGCCGUGGAGGAGCGCUGGGGUUCGGCACCCAUCUCCCCUUGCCACUGAGCUAGUCCAACCAGGGAGGUCUCAGCCCUUCUGCUCUCUGGAAGUGAACCAUCCGUCCUUUAGUUUUCACUAAGAGCUUUUACACACGCACUCAAGAGGGUCUAAUACUGUUUUUAAAUCUGUUAUUUUAUACAAAAAGUGAACUUAGAAACUAUGUUUUAAUACAACAAGAAGUUUCUAAUUUCUCCCUUGUAUUUGCUGUAAUGUCUGCCUAGAAUUACCAUGCUCAUUUACCUGACAGUAUUUUUCCAAUGUGGUACGCGGAAGGCCCUUGCAGUGUGCCAGAAAGCAGAACCUGAAAGAAGAGUCUGUCUCAUGGAGCAUGUUGCUCUGAUCAAACCUUCAGUCAAUGCAAAUUUAGCCUUGCGUUAUUUUUGUGAUGCCGUUUGCUAGUGUUUGAUAGCAACCAAGAUGAUGAGGAACCUCAAAAAGACCGAAGUUGAACACCAGCUAGUCAGAACAGUGUUUAAAACCUGUGACUCCAUAUUUUCUAACCUGCUUUUAAAUGGCAAAGACAUUGUAGAAGAUAGAGUUAACUGCACGAAGAAAUCCAGUUAGGUUUGCGUGAGACACAGUUUUUGUGCCCCGAAACAAGCUUCGUAGACCAAAUCCAGCAAAGUGAUUGUAGUGAUUUUAACGUCCUUACCGAGAAAGAAUUUGGGGACUUUUAUUAAGGCAGCUACAAGCUGAGCACAUGUGCUGUUGAAAAAGAAAUCGACAGGUUAUGGCACAGGACUCUAGACACCCCCUCCCCGCCAAUACACACACACCUUGAAAAAUCCUGACUUUGCCUUACCUUUGAGAGCACCACUAAUUUUAAGCUUUGGGAAGAGACUAUUGACUUAGAAAACAACAGUCUGUUGAUCUAGAAAUCCGAGCUAGCCAACUUUUUUUCUAGAUUCUCAGGUGCCAGACUUGGCUUUACCUGACUUGAAUUUUGGGAAAAUCUAUAUAAUUGUAACAGUGCAUAAAAGCAUCCCAUGAUGGGAUAAGAGUCCAAGUUCCCUAAAAUCCCACUCACUCUGUGGUCCCACCUGCCUCGGAGACUCUGUAAUGAUGCAGAAGAAAGCCAGAGGAGUGAAGAGUUAGGAUCAAGCUCACUUGAAAGCCAACUCUCUCUGGACUCACCUGCUGCUCUAGCAAAAUAAUGGGUGCAAUUCCCUUCCUCAAAUAAAACCCUUAGGAGGAAGGACCUAAGAGGACUGAGAGUCUUUUUCAGUGAACAACAGGAAAUGAUAUAUUAACCAUGCUAUGUUACAGUCAAAAAAUUAAUAGAGUCAUUUCUCACUGGGAUUGAUUCUGACACAGCUGGAAAUCAACAUUUUUCCCAAACUUUCCUUCCAGGAGACAGGGAAACACUGCCAGUUGUGGGCUAAGAGGCUGUAUUGAACAAAAUGCAUAUUUUAUGGAUACAAGUUACAGACCAUCCUUCCCAAACACCUGUCUCUGAGCCUAGAUCAAUGUUACUAUUUAAAGUGAUGCGAGUAGUAUUUAGCCUGGGUGUGUAGACUUCUCAGUAGGAAAAUGCCAUAUUUUCAGACUUGGAAAGGUCAAUCAUAAAAAUCCCCUUCAACUUUAGCAAAGAAAAAAAAAAAGAAGCCGAGUCCCCAAGGGCUCCAAUUCGCCGUUAAACACCUGUGUUUUUUUCCUAUAAUUCUAGAGCCUGUUACCAUAGAGAGGCAUUGGCAUUUCUUCAAUGGCUGGUGGUAGUUAGUUCCUGUUUUUCAAUCAGAUUUGCAAUUGUAUUUGUUGCUGUAUAGUGAUUGUUUUGCAAAAUAAAAUUGCUUGUCAUCUAUCCUA